GUCGACCACUGGGGGAUUCUCACGACUUUUUGCGCACGAAAAUGAUUAGUUGAUUAGUGUUACAAAAGCAAACGAUGAUACUUAAAUGCAGGCCAUUCCACAUUGCAAUGAAAAUUAAGAUGGCAUAGUAAUUCAUUAAAACACAUUAUGUUUAUAUCGCCGGUUGCCAGUAUUUACCACAACAAACAUGCAACUACCACAAAUGAAAAUCGUCAUGGAAGAUCAUCUUGCAUAAACAAAAAAAGCAAUGAAAGAAGAGGUAUAUAUAAACAGCCAUCUUUUUUAAGUCGCACUAUAAUAUUGAUGGUGCUCUUACUAAAAGAUGCUUAUCAAAUAAAGGGAGCUGAAUGUUUAGUCAAUUGGAAAAUUAUAACAAAGGCUAUCGUUAUCGGGGAAGAAACCAAGUUAGAAUGUGAUAUAAGAGACACUAUUACAUGUCCGGGAAUUCCGAGAUGGACAGGCGGACCAGAAAAUCAGAUAAUAACCGUUGGUAAAUCUGUUUUCCAUCCUCAAAAGUAUGGAUUAACAAGAUCCCCUGGCAAAUACAUCUUGACAAUUCGAAACAUUGGAAAAGAAGAUCUCAACAGUCGAUAUAGCUGUCAUGUUAGAUUUUCUAAAUAUGAAGCUCUCUUAAAAGACAAAAAUCCGACUUAUAGUUUAAAGUUUGCUGAGCCCAAAUCAUUACAAGAAGACCUGAGAAUAUUUGCUAAUAUAUCAGCAUUUCCAGUAAACAGAAAUGAAAGUCAACAUGUGUGGUUGCGUUAUCCAGUAAACAAUGCAACAAACAAAAAAGAACUGCAAAUUAGCAAAAAGUUUCAAGAAAAGGUAGAAGAUGAUGGUAUCAGUUUGACAGUAAAAAAUCUGUCCAAAAGAGAUAUUAGUAUGACAUACGAGCUCCUCUAUAAUAAUGCGACAUUUUCGGCCGACGUAACACUAUCGCUGAAGAGUAAUGAUGUCAGUCACAAAAGCAGUUUUGAUCAAGUCGAACUUGAAUGGCUAUUUAUUCCAGCGGGUGUAAUAGUUCCACUUUUGUUGCUUAUCAAACAUGUUUACAGAAAAUACAAGGAGAAAAAGAAAUCUACAAGAACAAAUCAAACAACGAACAACGACGACAUACUUUUAAAGAAUGGCGAAGAAGCUUAAGCAAGUGACAUCUUCAAACAACUUUUAUAGACCGUGAAGAAUUCAGUCCAUACACAUACAUAUUUAUAUUUCUUAAACACUGUACUGAGAUAUAAAAGAUAUUUAUCAAGAAUGUUUAUGAUGACUGGAAAUCAAAUUAUGAAAAUGUUACAAAUCAUUUACUUGAAUAACGUUGAAUUCAGAGGUAAGAAUUUUCAUACCACCGCAAAUUUUUGGCGGUCGCAUAAUGUUAUGAUGUUGUCAGUGUCGGCGUCGUAUUUUAUUUUAUUUUCAGACAAUAACUUGAGAAUAAGUGUAUAGACCUCUAUGAAAUCAUACCGAAAGGUUCCAUACCACAAAAGCAAAGAUAGGAUUAAUUUUUGGGGUUAUUGUCUUAACUGUUUAGGAAUUAGGGGUCAAAAAGGGGCCAGAAACUAGUUUUUUUCUUGUUUCAGGACAAUAAUGUAUUAGUGAAUGGAUCACUAUGAAAUUGUACUACAAGGUUUCAUACCUAAAAUGAAAGGUUAGGAUUGAUUUGGGGGGUUAUGGCCUAAACCGUUUAGGAAUUAAGGUAUAAAAAAGAACCAAAAAAACUAGCAUUUCUGGUUUCCGAACAAUAACUUAAGUAUAAGUCUAUGGAAUACUAUGUAAUUCUACCACAAGGUUCCAUUCCAAAAAGGAAGGUUGGGAUUGAUUUGGGGG